AGAUUCGCGCACGCGCUCAUUUGAACAUAGCUCUAGCCGGUGCACCGUUGCCUCAAGUCAGUGUACUGUGCGCCUCCGCGAAGUGAUCAUGAUGUAUUCCGAACGUGUACUGACGAGCAUAAAAUUCACAUACAGACGUAAUAACGAUUACAGCCUUCAGCUUACUCGUUGGUUUCUGAUGCCGAUCGCAGCUUGGCCACGCGCGAAUACGUCGACGGUGGAGAGAGUCUCUCUGCAAGCGCAAGUGCUCGGUUGCUUGUCCCUCAUAGCGGUCGUCAUGAUACCGUGCAUGUUGUACGUGUCGUUGGAAGAGAAGGACGUUCAGAUGAAGUUGAGCGCGAUGGGUCCGCUGAGCCACUGGAUCAUGGGCACAAUUAAUUAUUGGCUGCUACUUACGCGCAGCGACGACAUCCGCGAAUGCGUGCUGCACAUGGAGACGGACUGGCGGCUGGUUCGUAAGACCGACGAUCAGGACGUGAUGCUGCGGUACGCCAAGAUCGGUCGCUUCGUCGCCGGAUUCUGCGCGGUGUUCAUGCAAAGCGGCACGUUUCUCUUCACCGUGGCCAAAGCGAUGACAUCCAUGCCCGUCAUCAUCGGCAACGAAACUGCAUUGGUACAUCCGAUGACCUGUCCGAUAUACAGCAAGUUUAUCGACACGAGAUUCAGCCCCGCGAACGAGAUCAUGCUGGCUGUGGAAUUGCUGUCGUGUUUUAUAGUGAACUCUGUCACAGUGGGCGCUUGCAGCCUCGCGGCGGUGUUCGCGAUGCACGCUUACGGCCAACUUAGCAUGCUGUUCUCGUGGUUGAACGAUCUCGGGGAAAAUGAGAACAAAGAAAACGACUUUGCCGCACAGAAGCUUGCCACGAUUGUGGAGCAUCAUUUAAGAGUGCUGAGUUUCAUAUCGCGCAUGGAGAACAUCAUGCAAAAUAUCUGUCUCGUGGAAUUGGUGGGAUGCACCUUGAAUAUGUGUUUACUUGCGUAUUACUCUAUUACGAAUUGGAGUGAUUUUGAUGCAGCAAGAAUAACAUCGUAUAUUAUUGUAUACGUAUCUAUGGCUUUCAAUAUUUUUAUAUUUUGUUUCAUCGGCGAGAUUCUCACGGAACAGUGCAAAAAUGUCGGCGAAAAGGCAUAUAUGACUAAUUGGUAUGAAUUGCCACACAAAACUGCUCUUGGUCUCAUUUUGAUAAUAGCACGAUCGAGUAAUGUUAUCAAGAUUACCGCUGGAAAAUUAUUUCAAUUGUCUAUCGCAACUUUUGGUGAUGUAAGUAAAACGUAAUUAAGACUUCUGUGGUAUACUUAAAUAUUUUAAGAACGAUGACACCCGCCACGUGAGCUACGUUAGCAAAC